GGUGGUGAUGAUGUUAGUUGUGGCAGAUGCCCGUGUUAUUCGCUCUGAAAGGUCAACUUCAUGCAUACCUCAUGGUCUCAACUCACCGUGUGGACCCAGCUAUAGUGACGCUCCUCGACCGUUCAUGCCUGUUCGACUGUUUCAGGGGACUGAUGUUCUGCCAAUAGUGGAUGACGUUCAAGGCAUUAUUAACCGGCUCAGGGAUCAAUAUGAAAGGAUUCCGUUGCCUGAGAUUUACUCUGAAGAAGUGAUAGGACUGCCUGGACCAGAAGAAAUAUCUACCUCUCAAAACGUGACUAUUGAUUACAUCAUUGUCUCCCACCUGCUCGUGUUUGUCGACAUAGUAUGUACAGACAAUCGAACCCCUUUUGAUAUCGUGCAUUCACACCGACGCGCCCUCUGGGAGGAACUCCGCUUGGGAAUACUCAACCUCCUGUGUAGUAUGCACGUGACAAUGGUUCAGACCCCUCACGUAUCGAAUGAUAUCACUCUUCCAUGUGUCAGAGAAGCUUCUUGUAAUGGGCAACGCUCGAUAUUUGCACGUAACAGACGAAACUUCGUGAUAGCCAGUGCUGUCAGGGACGUGUUUAGUCGCCUCCAGCACAAAUACAAUUACUAACUAGUUCAAUAACUCCAUGGAAACACCAUCAGAUGUCGGAGUUAGUUUUGUAAUUAUUGUAUGGCAAUUGUAUCUUAAUUAUUAUAAUUUCUAUUUUUACCGUACAUUUUACAUUGUUUGUGACGUAUUUUAAUUGAUAUUUUACAUUUUGGUUUACAUUUAACGUUAUCCUGAAAGUAUACCGGGUAUCAUUACUGACUAAUGAAAUUAUUGUUUGUUAGCAAUUUAACAUUUUAACAAAGUAAGGCAAUUGACUACUAUUACUGAGAUACCAACCAAAAGAAAAUUGUUCUUUUACAUAAGUGACAUAUCUGUGCUCAGUCCAAUAUUUUGUAAUUACUUAUGAGCUUUUUUCUACAUUUUCUACACUAGUUUACAAAUCCUGCUCAGUUAUAGGGUUACAUGUAUUUAAACCUUUAGAUUUUACUACUUGAUUUAAAUUAUUGAAAUGAAAGCACGCUUACGCUUUUCAAGGUAUAAUAUGGUUUGUGUCUCAGGUAAAUAAGCGCACCGUGGAAACAAUUUAUUAAAUGGCUUUUAUGCCAGGUAAAUAAGCACACAAGAAUAACAAUGUCUAAUAUGUUUUGUAUUUCAGGUAAUAAAUACAAACGAGAUUUAUAACAUUGUGUUUCGGGUAUAUAAACAACUUUUCUAUAGAAAUAAUCAAUUGGUUUUUUCGAUCGUGAAAUAUGAUUACCCCCUAAAAAGCUUAUGAUGUAA